AUGGCCAAAGGUGGCGGCUCGCAGCUGUCUCAGCUCAAGUCGAAACUUCACAGCUCUGGUGUCACUGACCGUCGUCAGCUCUCGAAGAAGUCUCGCUCCCGCAAAGGUGGUCAGGGCGAAAAGGAUGCUGCUGCAGCUCGACUCAACAAGAUCAACGCCAUUGUCUCUGGCCUCAACCCUUUCGACGAAAAAGUGACCAAGCCAAAGCAUGAAGUGCUCGGUCGCAAGAUCAAAGGCGCUGUAGGACGACCUGGUGCAGCCAAAGCAAGCGGCUUGGCGCAAAGAAGGGAGACGCUGCUGCCAGAAUGGCAGGCACGAAAUCGCACAGGCACCUUUGUCGACCGUCGAUUCGGUGAAAAUGAUGCCAACAUGACGCCAGAGGAGAAGAUGCUCGAACGUUUCGCCACAGAAAAGCAGAGGAGAUCGGCGAAGGGCGCAGCAUUCAACCUCAAUGACGACGACGAGCUGCUCACACAUUACGGCCAGUCUCUCAGCGGGCUGGACGACCUAGCGGACAUUCGACUUCCACAGGACGACGACGAUGAUGAAGACCCAGGACGACUCACCGCGCAGGGCCACUUUGGCGGAUUCGGCGAAAACGAGGAUGGCGACAAGUCCAAGGCCGACGUCAUGCGCGAACUCAUUGCGAAGUCCAAAUACCACAAGCUCGAACGUCAGAAGAUGAAAGACGCCGAUGACGAGCUCCGAGAGCAACUAGACGACGAGCUCGCCGACAUUCGAGGCCUCCUCUUUGAGCAACAAGCUGUACCGACACCGGCACCAGCAGCGGAUCCCAAGGCGAAAGCAAAGAUCUCUGUCUUUCCCGGCCCAGCCACCGGCACCAAUGCGAUUGCCGUGGCGGGUGCGAGCACCACUGCUGCAGACGGCGAAGAGAAGCCAACCAGCAACUACGACACAUUCGUUCGCGAGCUCGCCUUCGAGCGCAGAGCCAAGCCGCAAGAUCGUCUCAAGAGCGAAGAGGAGCUCGCUGCCGAAGAGGCACAAAGGCUGAUGAAGGCUGAGAAAGCACGACUCAAGCGAAUGCGAGGCGAUAGUGACGAUGAGGCCGACGAGGAGUCGGACGAUGGAAGCCGUAGGAAGCGCAAGAAGGGCUCUAGCUCCAGCUCAGGGCCAAAGCGUGUCGCGCAGGCUGACGAUCUCGACGACGAUUUCGAGCUGGAGGGGAUGACAGCUGGUGAGGUGUACGGACUCGGCGCUGGUCUAGCGGAAAGCGGUGCCGUCGAUGAGAGUGACGACGAGGAAGACGACGAUGAUGAUGAGGAGGACGAAGAGGAGGAGGAUGACGCUGCGGAAGGCGUCGAGAUCGAAGGCGACAGCGAAGCGGAGGAUGACGACGAUGACGAGGACGAUUUUGCCGAUCUCGCUGAUGCGGAUGAUGCCAUUCAGAUCGGCGAGGACGAAGAAUCGGAGCAGGAGGGGGAACACGAAGCGCUCACCGGCAAGUCAAAGUCGGCAACAUCCGUCAAGGCGCGCAAAGCUGGCUCAGCCAUCAAGGCAAAGGCCACUCCUGUCACGGAAAGUAAGCUACCCUUCACCUUCCCUUGCCCUGCCACCCAUGACGAGCUGCUCUCGCUCCUCGAGGAUCACCAGAUCGACCCUAAGCACAUCCCCACCGUCAUCAAGCGCAUCCGCACACUGCACCACCCAAGUCUUGCCGAGGACAACAAAUACCGCCUGCAAGCACUCAUCGGCGUUCUCAUCGACCACGCUCUCCACUGGGCCGGUCAAGCCCAGCUGCACCAGUCGACAACAGGCCAGAAGCACAAACUCGCCUUUGCGAUCGUCAACUCGCUCAUCCCGCACAUCUUCAGCCUGUCCCAAAGCUACCCAGUCGCAUCGGCGGAGCACUUUGUCAGCAAGCUGGCGCUCAUGCAGCGCAACCUGUCUCGAGGCCUGGCAAAGGGCCCGACCGAAGCUGAUGCGCGUACCUGGCCAGGAUUGCCUGAGCUGACGCUCCUCCGACUGGUCGGCACUGUUUGGCCCACUUCGGACAAGCAGCACAACGUGACGACACCGCUGGCGCUGCUGAUCGCGCAGUACCUCGCCCAUGCCAGGAUCCGAUCCGUCAGCGACAUUGCCUCCGGUCUCUUCCUGUGCUCACUGGUGGUGUCGAACGAGAAGGAGAGCAAGAGGCUGUUCCCGGAAGCGCUCAACUUUUUGUUCUCGGCGAUUGCCAUUUUGGCCUCGUUGGGUGCAGAGAAGAAGCAGCGUCAGGGCUUGGCGCAGAUUCGAAGCGUGGCGGAGGAGUAUGGCAUCCCGACACCUGAUGUCGAUGCGCCGCACACAAAACACCUUCGUCUGUCUGGAGACAAGGCCGUCGACCCUGCGGAACAAGCCGUGGAUCUGCCGAGCCUGAUCACCGCCAAAGCGACAGAAGUUGAACCUCAGCAACGCGCGUCACUUCUCUCGCUAUCGUUGACGCUCCUAUCCAACUUCAGCGAGCUGUACAACGGCAGCACGUCCUAUGUCGAGCUCUUCGCGCCGUUGUCCUCGCUCCUCGCCCUUUCACCCUCCACGUCCACCUCAUCGGUGACCACCUCCCUCACGCGCAGUCUCAAGCUCGCCUCGUCAUCACGCCGCUACCUGCGCCUGCAGGCGCACCGUGCCAUCGCCAUCGCCUCGCACAUCCCCAAGUUCGACCAGCAGGGCUACAACCCGGAUCGCAAGUCGGCGCUCGACCCCGACGUCGAGCGUGUGCAGAUCCAAAAGAUGAAGGCGCUCAUCAAGAAGGAGCGCAAGGGCGCGAUCCGCGAGCUGCGCCGCGACAACCAGUUCAUCGCCGGCGUCCGCAGACAGGACCAGGAGCAGGAGGACCAGAGUUACAAGAAGAAGAUGGACAAGAUCAUGUCGACGCUGCAGGUGGAGCGGAGCGAGCAGAAGCAGAUGGAGCGGGCAAAGGCCAAUAUCAAGCGUCGGGCGGGGAAGAAGUGA